UGAGCUAGCAGAUCAACUUGAAAACAACAAAUAUCUCCACUCAAAUGACUCUCCUUGAAUAUCUAAGAGAGCCCACCUUUCAAAUCUCAUCGAUCUUGUUUCUUGCUAUUUUUCUCAAGUACUUCAUCUUUAAGAAGAAGCCAACCCAAAAACAAGGGUUCAAUCUCCCUCCGAGCCCUCCAAAGCUACCAAUCAUAGGAAACCUUCACCAAUUCGGAACCACCGCUCCUCACAUCUCUCUCCGCAACUUGUCACGAAAAUACGGUCCAAUAUUCUACUUAAAGCUCGGUCACAUCCCUACUGUCAUCAUAUCAUCGGCCAAACUAGCCAAAGAAGCUUUCAAAAUCCAUGAUCUCUCUUUCGCAAGCCGGCCUCGGGUUAUCGCCGCCGAGUAUCUCUUUUACAAGUGUACUGACAUGGUGUUUUCGCCUUACGGUGCUUAUUGGAGGUAUAUUCGAAAAGUUUGCAUACUAGAGGUUCUUAGUGCCAAAAGGGUCCAUUCUUUCAAGUUUGUUAGAGAAGAAGAAGUGGUUCGUUUGGUUCGGAGGCUUUCGGAGCCUUAUCCUGCCACCGUCAACAUGAGCAAGAUGCUUGGACUGUAUGCGAAUGAUGUUCUUUGUAGGGCUGCGUUCGGUAGAGACUUUUCGGAGGGAGGAGACUACGACAGGCAAGGUUUUCAAGAGAUGCUUGAAGAGUAUCAAGAGUUGCUUGGAGGGCUUAGUUUUGGAGAUUUCUUCCCUUCCAUGGAUUUUGUUCUCACAUUGACGGGAAUGAAAUCGAGACUGGUUCGCACCUUUAAGCGAUUUGAUCAGCUUUUCGAUCGGAUUAUAGCUGAACAUCUUGAUCCCAAGAGAGUGACAGAAGAUACUAAGGACAUUGUGGAUGUCUUACUUGAUAUUCAGAAAGGAUCUGGUGAGAUGCCUGUCACUAUGGAUAAUGUCAAGGCUCUUAUUCUGGACAUGUUUGCCGCAGGAACUGACACAACCUUCAUAGUCCUUGAUUGGGCCAUGACGGAAUUGAUCAUUAACCCCAAAGCUCUAGAAGAAGCACAAGCUGAACUUCAAAGCGUUUUGGGAGAAAGAAAAGUGGUUUUAGAGAGUGAUUUGUCUGAACUGAACUACAUGAAAGCAAUCAUCAAAGAGACGUUUAGACUACACCCACCUGCGCCAGUGUUAGUCCCUAGAGAAUCCCUAGAGCAUGUCACCAUGGAAGGGUACGACAUUCCAGUCAAGACAAGGAUCUUUGUCAAUGCUUGGGCAAUUGGAAGAGACCCGGAAACUUGGGAAGAUCCAGACACGUUUAAACCAGAGAGAUUUCUGAAUAGCAGCAUUGACUUCAGAGACCAAGAUUAUGAACUCAUACCUUUUGGAGCUGGCAGAAGAGUAUGCCCUGCUAUUACAUUUGGGACCGCUGUUGUUGAGAUUGCUCUUGCUCAGCUUCUCCAUAGCUUUGAUUGGGAACUUCCUACUGGUGUUACACCCAAAGAUUUGGAUAUGACUGAAGUUUUUGGUAUCACAAUGCAUAGAAAAGUUGGCUUGGAAGUCCUUGCCAAGCCGCGCUUUUCUUGAAAAUUGUUUAUGCUAACAAUAUAAGAGGAUGCUAUAUGGGAGAGUGAACUGUAUUAUAAAUGGUUAAAUAUUCUUCAUUUAUAGUGAAGCUGCAUUUUUUGGAAGUGAGAUACACUCAUAGUCCUCAAUAGAAAUAAGUUGCUUCAUGGUAUGUUAUUAACUUCGGAAUAAAAUUAAGUAUUUAUGCUGCUUUA